AUGCGUUCUCUUGCCGCUGUACAUGGGGUAGAUCCCUUGCCGGAAUUGGGCAUUCCACGGGGGGUACAACAAUUAGGAGGUCUAGACGCCGAUAUGGCCGGCGCUCAUGAUACAAUAUAUCUAUGCAACUUUCGCGUUUCCGUGGACGGAGAGUGGCUUUGUUUAAAAGAACUGCACGACAUGGAGAUGCAAGAUUCUUACAUCCAUCCAACAGACAACGGUGCGAUUACUUCUCCUGACGAUCCUAUGCAUUGCUUGAUGGCUCGCGAUCCCGUUGUCAUUGAACGCAGUAAUCUCGUGAAUAUCUCGAAACUUAUAGUGAAGGAACUAAUCGAGCAGUCGCUACGUUUCGGCCGAAUGCUCGACAGUGAUCACUUGCCGUUGCAUCACUUCUUUAUUGUCCUCGAACAUGUCAUGCGUCAUGGACUCAAACCGAAAAAGGGACUCCUCGGACCUAAAAAGGAGCUAUGGGAUAUUCUUCAAAUGGUUGAGAAGUAUUCGCCUGAGGCAGCCGAUAUCACGGCCAGUGUCAGAGAUCUUCCAACUGUGAAGACAGCAAUGGGCCGCGCUCGGGCUUGGUUGCGAUUGGCGUUAAUGCAAAAACGACUCGCAGAUUACUUGAGAAUCCUCCUUGAGCAUCGUGAAGAUACUUUGGAGGAAUAUUUCGAACCCCACGCGCUGAUGCUGAACGAGGAAGCUGUAAUUAUCACCGGUUUGCUGGUCGGUCUCAAUGUUGUCGACUGCAAUUUGUGUGUUAAGGAAGAAGACUUAGAUAGUCAACAAGGUGUCAUAGAUUUCUCUUUGUAUUUACGAGGCAGUAACUCUUCCAACGACAUAGCAGGAAAUGAGAACAACUCAAACAAUGAACCUAAACAACGCCACAUCAACACUAUGCUCGAUCAGAAAAACUAUAUUGAAGAACUUAACCGACAUCUGAACGCCACCGUAGCAAAUCUCCAGGCGAAAGUCGAAAGCCUGACCACAACCAAUGCGUUGAUGAAGGAAGACCUUGCAAUCGCAAAGAACACAAUGAUUCAGCUAGUCGAAGAAAACAAUCAACUGAAACACGCUUUAGGUCAAGAUAUAACCAAAGAUUCGAGAAUGAAAAUCACGGAACUGCAAGCAGAUGAAGAGGAAAAACGAAGCGUUAAAAGUGUAACUUCUGAUAGAUCUAAGAGUGAUAAGGAUAGUGAGAUGUCAAAGGCGUUAGAGGAAGAAAGGAAGAAGUAUUUAGAAAUGCAAAAGGAACUUGAUUUGCAGAUUUCACUGAAGGCAGAAAUGGAGGUAGCCAUGAAAUUAUUAGAAAAAGAUAUACACGACAAACAAGACACUAUUAUAUCUCUAAGGAGGCAGCUUGACGAUAUAAAGCUUAUCAAUUUAGAAAUGUACAAAAAAUUACAGGAAUGUGAAAUUUCCUUGAAACAUAAAACAGAGUUAAUAGCCAAAUUGGAAGCAAAGACUGAAUCAAUGGGCAGCACCAUACAUCAACUUGAUGAAAAGUUACAAGAAGAUAAACUAACUAGGAAGAAUCUAGAAGAUAAUGCCCGCACAUUGGGUCAAAAAGCGACCACAGCCGAAAAGAAAGCUGUGGCAGCAGAGGGAGACCUUAGAAUUGAAAGAGAAUGGAGGAUAUCUCUACAAGAAUCUAUGAUGCGAGACCGAGACAAAAUAUCAACUCUUACACAAGAAGUUGAGUCUUUGAAAGCCAUUGGACAGAAAUAUCUUCUUUUACAAGAAGAGCAACACAUCUUGAAGACUAAAUACAGCGAAGCACAAAAAACUUUAGAAGAAGUUGGAGCCACGCUCAGCGAGAACAAACUUCAGCUAGCUGAGUUGUUAGAGAAGGAAUCAUUGGCAACUACCACAGAGGAAACACCCACUUGGGCCAACGAUAAAGACGCGACGGCUUGCGCUACGUGUAAUAAGGAAUUCAAUAUUACAAGACGGAAACAUCACUGUAGGAUGUGUGGUCUAAUAUUUUGCGCAGCUUGCAGUGAUAAAACUGUUGCAUUGACUGGCAACACCAAACCUGUUCGUGUUUGUGGUGCGUGCUACACGGAAGCUGUCCGCCACACAGAGUAAUUAGUUGUAAUCUAAUUAUAAUUACGCCGGCCGAAUGACCAGAACGCGAGACCAUGAUUAAUAGAGUUAAUUGAAUGUUAUUGACUAUUAAAUUGGUUAAUUGGACAGUGCCUUUGGGAUAAAUUUUAGUGUUCUUUUUAUACUAAAGCAUAUUUAAAAGUAACAGUUAAAAUAGGCGUUAUUUUCCAUUGCGAUUCUAUUUGUGGAUAUAUUAUGGCAAUAAUAAAGAGGAAUAUUUUUUGGUUAACAGACAUAUGGCAUCUUUUAUUAUUAUGUGAGCUAAAAACAUAAAUACAAAUUUAAAUAUAUCUAUCUAUCUUCAUGUUUUUUUUUUUUUAUUUCAAUUGUAAACCUAAGCGAUACUGUUAACACUAAACCUAUGUUUUUAAAUUACUACUACAUUUGUAUUUACUAUUAUUAAUUAUGGUGCAGAUGUUUUAUAAUAAUUGUAUGGUUAGACACAAGUACACUAAGCACAAGCAUGCAAGCAGCAACAAUGUGGAAUAAAUCAGACAAGCGUGUUAUUUGUGUUUUUUUUUUACAUUGGAUGGAUAGACGAAACAUACUAAUGAUCGUCAGUGGUCACCGCUGCUCGUGGACGUCAUCAAUCUGACUCGAAGGAACAAAAUAUGUUGUAGCAUUUACUACACCGUAUGCCCACAUGGUCGCCUCGUUUAGAGGACAUAAUUUCAUUAAUUGUCGUGGUGUGUCCUAAACAAAUGCUUAAAUUAAGUAAGUAACUUAUAAAAUAGUCAAAUGCUAUUAAAUCCACAAUAGCUGAGCGUUGUCAUUUUUUGAUUGAAUUUUAUAUUUCACACGAAUAUUUGAGAGCCCGUUUUGGGUUCAAAAUCCAUUCUGUCGGCUUACAUUUUAUAGAUUAUAAGGCGUAGUGCAUAUAGAAAUUGUAUUUUUUAUUAUUAAAUAUAUUUGUUCACGUUAAAUGUAAUCUGUGUUUAAUAUUGUACAUAAAAUUUUAUAAUUUUGUUGAAUUCGUUAAACAAUAAAUUGAAAUCAAUAUUCAAAUAAC